AUGAAUAGCCCCCGUGUAAUGACUUCCAUUCAACCCUGUCCCCAAGCUCAAGUUUUACCUGCACUAUCCGAUCCUCAAUAUCUACCCUACCCACGUCUCUCUCCGCGUCAACCCAUUCAAGAAUCAUAUCCCAGCUCUGCCAAUCUACCACUCGCCUACACCUAUGCCUAUCUAUUAGGCUGCUCAAGACCGGAUCCCGCUCUUCAGUACCACAUUCCUCAUUCGCCAGUGGUGGUGCCACUCCCUAUCCACCAUACCCUUGAAAACGCGACGAUCACCUUUAACACCCACGAGCAGCAGUACCACAAAGAAGACCUCGUCAAAGACGUCUUUUUCUCACCCGCCAUAGAUCGAGACAACUCAGCUUCCGAUCUCUGUUCUCCAAGCCUAAGCCUCGGUCUCGGUUUAGGGCUAGGUCUAGGUCUAGGUCUCAGUCUCAGUCUCAACCAAACCCCCCAAAACACACCAUCAUCUUUAUCGUCCUCAGCAUCCUCAGCAUCCUCAUCAGCAUCAUCGUUCUUUUCUUCAUCCAGUGAUAGCGAGUCGGAUGGCGCAAGUGUCUCUUCGCCAACCGACUUUUCUCUUGACGACGGUGCAAAUGACACCCUCUUUUUAUUCUUUGCCAACGAUGGUCUAGAUUUCCAAGACCCACCUCCUUCUCCUUCAGUCUCUCCUUCCCCUUCUUCUGGUCACUCAGAGUCUUUUACAACUACCCUUAUCAAUACCACCACCACCACCACUAAUCAUAAUGAAACCAAAGAUGAGCUUGAAGACGAAGAAAAAGACAAAGAGGAAGAUGAGGAGCAUUUUCUUCAUCCCAAUCUCCUGGGCAUGAAACGUCUUGGCACAACCUCAACGAGUAGAAGUAAUGGGCGCGAACAGACCAAAAAACCACGAAUGAUGAACUGGCCAACCCCGACAAUCCACCGUCACGAUCACACAGACUACUUUGAUGCAUCUGCCGAAGAAUCAUCAGACGAUGAAAAUGAAGACGAAGAAAAGGGUGAAAUGAAAGAGAAUAUCUGGUCACCAAGACAGCAGAACUUGAUCAAAUCCCCAUCAACAACACCAGUACGAUCCUUAUUAAUAUUACAAUCACCAAAACAAAAUGGAUACAAACAUAAACAAGUCAAAUGCUACAAUGGAAAUGACAGUGAAGAAGAAGAAGACUACAAUUGUGGAGAUACAAUCAGAUCCCCUACACUCUACCAGCAGCUUACAGAAGCAAAUAUUGACUGGUGUCGUUACUGCGGAACAACUGAAGGUGUAAACUGGCGUCCUGGGCCAUGGGGAAAGAGAACGCUUUGCAAUAAACAUGGGUGCGAUUACAAGGGUUAUGGAUUCGCCUGCAAGUUGCCUCGAUUGGAUCUGACAGGCUUUGUAAAAGAAUCCAUCCAUGAUCGCGAUCGUCCUGUCCUGCAGCUCUUCUGCACCGGGUGCCACCGCAAGGACUCGAGGGCUGGAAAUCAGCUGGUGCGCUGCGAGGGAUGCCCAAAAGCUUAUCACCAGCACUGUUAUCCUGACUCACACCUAUUGACCGAUGCAGUCGUUCAAUCCGGUAAUUGGUUCUGUGAUCCAUCAUGUAUUGAAAACGCACGACGAAAGAGGAUUGUGGUAGAGUUGCCUCGAAAGCGUUUACCAUUGAUGUGCGCCCCAAAAUCAGCCUCAGCCUCACCAGCACAAUCAUCACCAUCAACAACAUCAUCAUCAACAUCAUUGUCAUUAUCAUUAUCAUCAUUUUCAGGAGGAAGAGGAGUAAGAGGAGGAGCAGGAGGAUUAAAAGGAACGUCACAAUCUUCUUCUUCAUCAUCUUCAUCAUCAUUUACUCCAAAUAAUUCUUCGGCUUUCUCAAAUUCACAGACUGGUGGUGGUGAUUCAACCACUCGCACUCGAUCCCUCCGAGACACACGAUAAAGCAGUCUGACAAGCAAAAAAAAAGAUCAAGGGAAAGGAAGAGGAGAAACAGAUGAUAUAUGUAUAUAUCAUAGCAUAUCAUAUCAUAUCAUAUCAUAAUGGCAAACAAGAAGAGGAUGACAAAAAUUGGUUCCUUUUGACUUGAGACUUUUAUUUUGAUGGGAAGAAGUUGUAUGUAUAUAGAUAGACAUUUACGCUUCUUCUGUUUUCAUAUGCACCAUUGUAUUCUUCUUCUUCUUUUUUGUUCUUGCUCUUCUGGCCUCUCUGUUUAUUGUACGAUACCAACCCUUAUUUUAAAUCUUCUUUUCUAUAUUUUCAUUAUUCUUUUUCAGUUAUACUUCUUGUAGUUACUUUUCAAUUUAUUUCUCCUUUAAAUACAACAAACAAAUUUUCGGUUUUCAUUGCAUUUUAUUUUAUUUUAUUUUAUUUCAUUUAUUUAUUUAUUUUGGAUUAAAUACAAGUACAAAUAUAUAUAUAUAUAUU